UAUUAAACAGGUACACGAAGUUGCUUGAUGGCUGACAAACAGGGAAUAGUAAACUGUGGUUGUAAAGGAAUUAGAACUUGCUUGUUAUGCGAGGCAAGCAAUGAGAAACGACAUUUACUGAAUAAUAAACUCUUGGUACAUUAUGACUUUAGGUAUGACCCUGAGUCGAAACUAGCGGUGCCAGCUGAAGGCAGUGGUCAGCAGCCGUUCCCUUUCCCUGGUGUGUUUCUGUGGGAUAAUUUUGUCUCAGAGAGUGAGGAGAAACAGUUGGUUGCAAAAAUGGACCAAGAUGUCUGGAGAGCUUCCCAGUCUGGACGACAUAAACAGGACUAUGGACCCAAGGUAAACUUCAAAAAACGGCGUAUACACCUUGGGGGCUACAGUGGUCUCCCUGUUGUCAGCUAUAAACUGGUAGACAGGAUGACCAAGGAACCCUUGUUGGCUGGAUUUCGACCAGUGGAACAGUGCAACCUAGACUACAGUCCAGAGCGUGGGUCUGCAAUUGACCCUCACCUUGACGACAGCUGGCUGUGGGGAGAACGCCUGGUCACUCUCAACCUGCUAUCUGACACUGUUGUGACCAUGAGCUUGGAUGAGGGCUGGGCAGACAUGCACCACGGGGAGGUGAGGGUAGCUGUGAACUUGCCUCGGAGGUGUCUGCUCGCGAUGUAUGGGGAGGCGCGACAUCGGUGGAAACAUGCUAUUUACCGACAGGACGUUCACAGCAGGAGGGUGUGCAGCACUUUCAGAGAGCUGUCUGCCGAGUUUCUGGAGGGUGGGGAGGAAGAAAAGAUGGGCUCAGAGUUGUUGAAUAUAGCGUCGAGCUUCAGGGGUGUUCCUUUGUAAAAUGAGAUUUCUAGAGUUCACAUAUAACCCCAGCAGAGGUCUGUACAGCAUAAAACAAGUUGUAAUUGCUCGUUUUUAAAUGGCUUUAAAUCGUUUUCUUAAUGAACGCUGCCUGACUGGAUUUUAGGUGGAAAUGCUGCGCAGGAUUAUUUAUUUGUUGGUUUCUGAAAUGACUUGCUGGUUUAAUGUGAUGGUCAAAAUCUGUUUAAAAUAAAAAUCUAAAAUAUA